GACAAAUUUAUGCUCUUGACGAUCAGUUAAUUGCAGCACCUCGCGCUUCGCGCUCGGUGCAAAUAAGCUUAUUUUCUGUAUUACAGUAAUAAAUUAGGUUUUCUCUUUAAUGGCGACCCAAAUCAACAAAUCUAUGCGAGCUGCUGGGCUAAUAGUUUAUCGAUGGAACGGACACGCACCGAUUGAGUUUUUGUUGUUGCAGACGUCGUACGGAAGGCACCACUGGACUCCUCCGAAAGGGUUCGUGGAUGGAAAUGAAGAUGCAUUAGCCACUGCCAUUCGAGAAACAAAAGAAGAAGCUGGCCUUAACGAGGCGCAUUAUCAAAUUGAGGACCGGUUCCACAAAACAUUACACUAUUUCGAUCCGUCCAAAAAGCAAGAUAAACAGGUUGAUUACUGGUUAGCCCGACUGCGGUGCGUUGAGCAGCCUGUUGUGUUGUCGGCGGAGCAUCAGGAUUUUAAAUGGCUGCAGCUGGACGAAGCUUGCAAACUGGGAGGAUAUGCCGAUAUGUCCAGAUUGUUACGCGAAGCCCACGAGUUUCUUUCUGACCGGAAUUCCAGGGAUUUAUGAUUUGCUCAAAUUGAAUGACUUUCCAUAUAUUGUGUACUCUGUGUAUGUACAAGUAUAACAAGUGGUUUCAGCACUUUUAAUUAAUAUUAUUAUUACCGGGAUCAAGGUUGUUUGUGAAUUUGUGGAGUAGUUAGCGGUGAUUUUGAAUCAGAUGUUUGAAUUCUGUCGGGUUCGAGGGCUUGGAAAUAGAACUGCACUUGAACAUUUGCGCUUACUGCUUAUUGCCAGUUGAUCUGUUAGUAACAGUGUGUUACUACCACUGACCAUUCGCUUCUCCAUCACACUAAUAAUUAUGCGACAGUUGCGAACUUGCGAUUUCAUUGCUUGUUU